CGGAUACAGAGACGUUUAUUGAUCGUUUAGCAGCUGUUUACAAAUCCUGCAUGUGCAUGUGGAGCCCACCGGCGAGCUGCAGCUGUGCAGACUAACACCUGUUUGAUACUGUUGAUCUAUAGAAGUCACCGUACGCACGCGGUAGCAGCUCGUUUGUAAGAUGUCUCGUGCGGGUUUGAGCUGCCCGGGCUGCGGCUCCUCCAACGUUGUGGACGAUGAUCUGUACUGUCAGGCCCAGAUGGUGUGUGCGGACUGCGGCUCGGUGGUGUCUGAGGGAGUCCUGGCCGCGGAGGAGUUCGUUGGAUGUUCAGAAGUCAGCUACAGCCGAACCACUGCUGUGACCAAAAAGCCCUGUAUGAACCUGAAAAAAGGUCUGCAGCGCGUGAAAGCCAUAUGUCAGAUUCUCAGGGUGAAGAGUGAGAUCGAGAAUCUCUCACAGAGCCACUAUCAGCAGGCCUAUCAGCACCAACAUUUCAUCAAAGUCAGCCUACAGAAGAAAGAAAUUCUUGGUGGUUGCUGCGUGAUUGCAAGCUGCAGACAGUUCAAUUGGCCCAUAACCAUGGGAACCAUCAGCUACCUGCUGGAUGCCGACCCGAUGGUGGUGGGAGGGGUUUACCAAGAGAUGGUCAAGAUUCUCAACAUUGAGGUUCCGAUCACGAACUUCACAGAUGUUCUGGAGGCCCACAGUCAGGAGUACAAAAUUAGCUCACUUCAUGUUCCUGAAGAAUUGGCUGAGAACUCCACGGACUUGGCCAAAUGUGCCAUGGGCCUGGUGGAGCUGGCAGCAGAUUCCUGGAUUGUAACUGGCCGUACACCCGUCCCCAUCAUGAUGGCGGCAAUCUAUUUGUCUUGGCAGUCCUUGAAACCCAACAAGCACCGUCUGAAAGUCUCCCUGGAAAAAUUCUGUCAGAUUGCCAAAGUGAAAAAGCAAAAGCCUGCUACGAAGAGAAUAACCGAGAUGAAGGAGGUGCUGUGUAAGCUGGGUAAGGAGAUUCCCUGGGUCAGGGAAGCUGUGACACCAGAUAAUGUCGUUCAGCUGGUGGAGGACAUUCUCAAGCACCGGCCUGCCCUGCUAAGGAGGGCUCUGAGAGCCCAUGAGGACGCUCUGCUGGCUGAGAGUCAGGCCAGCUGCGGAGACUCUCUAACUGAAGAGACGGCUCCCGCCCAAGUUUCAAACGCAUCCUCCGUGGAACAUCUUGAACUGAAUGCUGAAAGAGCCCAGCAACCAGGAGAUGGAGAUGAAAAUCUAUGCACAGGGCCCGAAAUGCACAUUGACACUCAGGGGGGCAAAGAUUCAGUAACAAACUGGGGGAAGAGAGUGCUGUUUGCACCCCCAUGUGUGAUCCAUGCAAAGAGAAGGAGGGCGGAGCAGCCUGAGGUCAAGGAUGUAACCGGUGAUGAGGAAAUCUCUGACAGUGAAAUCGACUCAUACAUCCGCACUCCUCGGGAAGCUCGAGACUUUGCUCUGAUGCAGAAGAUAUCUGAGAUUGAGAAAUCAUAACUCAUUAAGACUGAACUAUACCAAUA